CGUCAGGGGAGGGAGAGGAAGAGGUAAUUUAUGGCUCUACAGUUGAGCUAAAGUGCGUACUGCUCGGCUCCUCGGCUUUCUCGGCUUCCUCGUCUUCCCCCAUCCCUCUACUAGGCGUUCAGAAGCUGGAGGCUCACUUGUUCUACCGCACAAACCAUUGCUGCCGUCCUCUCGACAGCAAUUUGACCAACUUCUGGGCUAAGCUUCUGGACGUAGAUCUGGUUAAGAGAUGGGCAAGCCUUGUGAGAGAUCAAAGGAGAAGGCCGAAGAUUACUGCUGCGAUCAUGCAGAGGAGCAAGACAAGUAUUUCUUCAAAGUUAUGAUUGGUGAUUUUCGUGAAAGAAUCACCAUACCAGAUGCCUUUGCGAAAAAUUUUAGCGGGAAAUUAGCAAAAACCAUUAAGCUGAAAUCACGCAACGGUUGCACCUUUGAUGCCCAAAUUACCAAUAAUUUCAAAGACCUAAUACUCCAAUCUGGAUGGAACGCAUUUGCUAGUACUCAUGACUUGAAAGUGGGUGACUUUCUGAUGUUCAAGUACAAUGGGAUCUCUCAACUGGAGGUUCUUAUCUUCGAUCCGAGUGGCUGCGAGAAAGUCCCAUCCUGUCUUGUCAUCAAGCAUACUGGUCAAGAACUAAUUGACAUCUCAAGCAGUUUUGAUGAUAUUCCCAUAAAUUCACCACUAAGUGAAAGGCCAAACCAGGGGAACGAAAAUGUGAAUAUCAGUUCAUCAAGGCCUCCACCCGAGGCAUCAGAUGAUCUGGAAGCGCAGUCUGUCCCGCCUUACAUUCUCCCAAGGGGCACACGUCUUACUGAUGUGCAGACGAAGAAAUUGGGAAAAAGGGUCGAAGCUAUUCAAUCCAAAAACCCCAUCUACGGGUGUAUACUGACCAGGAACAGUCUUUAUGGAAAACCUUCUGCUCUGUACUUGUCCAGGAAAUAUGCCGAUGUAUACCUUCCGUUUGACGAUGAAACUCUCAUCCUCGAACGACAUGGCAAGAACUGGGGAGUGCGGUGCUGUGCUGCCUCGAAUAAACGUAAAGUGCUUCUGAAAGGGUGGACACAGUUUGCACGUGACAACAGUUUGAAGGUGGGAGAUCUCUGCCUCUUUGAGCCACUCAAGAAGAAGAAUAAGCAGUACAUCAUGAGGGUCCAUAUCAUUCGGAAAAAAUGAGAUCUGUUAGGCUGGUCGAUCUCUUCGGCUGAUCGUUCCUACGUUUGCUGUUGGUG